AUGUCAAGUAUCUAUGUUGAUACAUUGAAUGAGUAUUUUUGGAGUGAUGAUAAAGCUAUAUACACCAAAGACAAGACAACUAUUGUUUAUUGUGCAUCUUAUAUUGGCGAUUCAUACACGAUAUUACCAACAGUUACAAAAAUCAAUGAAGGGUGUUUCAUAAAUUGUAAGUGCACUGAAAUUAUCAUUCCAACGUCAAUUACAGAAAUACAAAGAUAUGCAUUUAGUAAUUCUAAGAUCACUAGUAUUCAAAUUCCACCAAAUGUAACCGUAAUUCCAUAUGCUUGUUUUGCUGGAACAAAUCUUCAAUCUGUUAUUAUUCCAAAUAAUGUGACAUCAAUCGAGGCGUCUGCUUUUGCAAGUUGUAACUUGCUCACAUAUAUUUGUGUACCUGAAUCAGUUGAUAAACUAGGUGGCGGAUGUUUUCCUUCAAACAGCAAUCUUGUACUCAAUGUCUCUGAGAAAUCUGAAAUUAAUAUUGAUCGACAAUUACUUGUUAUAUCUAAAGAUAAUACAUCUUUGAUUCAAUCAAUGAGCACAAUACCAAAUAUUGUAAUUCCAUCGAAAGUCAAAUUAAUUAAACUAAAUGCAUUCUUUGGAAAUACAAAUUUAGAAACUGUGACUUUUGAUGGUGAUUCCCAGUUUGAGAAAGUAGAAGGAUCUGCCUUUGCAGAUUGCAAAAAAUUAAGGAUGUUUGAAUUUGGAUCAAAAUUACAAAUAAUUUCAAAUAAUGCAUUUAAAAAUUGUCCUCUUCCAAUAUCAAUUUCUUUUCCCUCAUCACUUUUAAAGAUAGACAUUAAUGCCUUUUUAAAUACCAAGUUGACUCAAAUUACAUUUAAUUCCGAUUCAGAUUUAGAAAUCGGAGACACUGCGUUUGCCAACUGCAUUAUGAUUGAUCAAAUUCUGUUUUUGAACAAAGGUACAAUUUCUUUGGGAACAAAUUGUUUUGGAGGUUUAACAAAACUCAAAUCAAUACAGAUUCCAAGAACAAUAACAACUGUUGGAACAAGCUGUUUCUCAGGAUCUGCUAUUGAUAGGGUAGCAUUUGAUCAAAAUCAAAUAUCUUUUUCAUCCCUUCCUGCUUCAAUAUUCAAAGAUUGUACAUAUUUGACAACAUUCACAAUUCCAUCAAAUUGUGUAUCACUUGGGGCAGAAUGUUUAAGCAAAACAGGAAUCACAAGUAUUGAUAUUCCAGAUAGCGUUACAAUAUUAGGUAUACAAUGUUUCAAAGAUUGUUCUAAUCUUAAGUCAAUUGUUAUUCGAUCAACAAGUAAUCUCGAACGAAUUGAUGUUGGUGUUUUUGAAGGGUGUUACAAAUUCAGUGAUGUAAGUUCUUUCGAUUCACCAAAUUUUGUAAGCGAGAGUAGUGCAAUCUACAGUCAUGAUAAAUCACACAUGUAUGUGUAUCCUCCUGCAUCACCAAGAUUAUACUUCAGUCUUCUGGAAGGUGUCGAACACAUUGAGAGCGGUGCAUUCUCAGGUUGUGCGAAUGUUCAGGUUAUUACUAUUCCAGAUGGCCACAUCAAAUCCAUUGGUGAGAAUGCUUUCCGAGGAUGUAUCAACCUUAGACAGAUCACACUUCCAUCUUCGAUCAAGUCAAUUGGUGUAGGCGCAUUCACAAACUGUCCUCUCCUGACAUGUGGAAUCAUCAUUCAGAACUCAACAUCAUCAUUCAUUCAGAUUCUUAAGAAAUCAGGACUUGAUGUUAAAUCACAAUUCUAUUGUUCUCGAUUCUCAUGCAGGCAGAACUCGAUUUACUCGCCUAGUAUUCCAAUAUCUUUCUUUGUUGUGUUUAUAUCAAUUUAA